AUGUGGUGGAAAAACUGUUUAGGUUUAUUAGUCUUGCUACAGCAAGUGACAUUCACUGUUGGUGUUGACACUGUUGGCUUUGACUACAAGCAAUUGGCUACCUGUGAAACAUCUGGAACAUGUAACAGAAAUAAGAUUUACGCUAAAAAUAUUGAGAACUCUAAGGCUAAUUACUACUCAAUUGAUGCUAACUCCAUAAACUACGAGGCAGGUUCGCACACUUUGACUGCCAAUGUUUUGAAACGUCUAUCUCGCAACGAAGACAAAUUUAUUAGUUUGCCAUUCACGCUUGAUAUCUUGGAAAACUCCGCUGUGCGCUUUACGAUUGAUGAAAAUAGACAAGACGCUGUUGUCCCAGACUUGUUGACAAAGAACAGAACUCGCGCUGCUUCUGAAUGGGCAUUCAACAACGUUGAGCCAGCUCCAAAGGGCAAGGAAAAGGUUGAAAUCUCCAAGCCUUCUAUCUGGAACAAGAACGAUGUGGUUAAAGUCCACGACGAUGAAGCUGACAUUCGCAUUGAGUUAUCAUUGUCUAAGUUCCUGAUCAAGGUUUACUACAAGAACCAACUACAAAUUACCGUGAACGAACGUUCCUACUUGAACUUCGAACACUGGAAGCCAGGUCCAGACCACACCAGAGACUUGCUACCAGAUGAGAUCGCUAUUAAUGCUACAAGCUUAUUCCAAACUGCUGCCAAGGAUACCAUGCCAUUUGGUCCUGAAUCUGUUGCUCUUGACUUCACUUUCCACAAGUACCAAAAUGUUUACGGUAUUCCAGAACAUCUGGACACUCUAAGAUUGAAGGACACAAGUGCAGGAGAACCAUACCGUCUAUUCAAUGUCGAUGGUCAUGCUGAACAUCCUGAUGCCGUUAAGCCAACUUAUGGUGCUAUUCCAUUUAUGAUUUCAAGCAGACCAGGCUCUGCUCUUGGUUUGUUCUGGUCUAAUGCCGCUGACACCUGGGUUGAUGUGAAAUACGACAACAAAGACACUAAAACUCACUGGAUGUCAGAGGCUGGUGUUCUCGACGUUGUUAUGAUCGUUGCUGACACCCCAUUGAAGGUCACUGAAUCAUUCACUGAACUAACUGGUAAGCCUGCAUUGCCACAACUUUCAAGUUUAGGUUACCACCAAUGUCGUUACAGUUACUACGAUGAAGAAGAUGUCAUGAACGUUAUCACUAAGAUGGAUGAACACGAAAUGCCAUUGGACUUCAUGUGGUUGGACUUGGACUACACUGAUGGAAGAAAGUUCUUUACUUGGAAAUCUGAUGCUUACCCAGACCCUCAACGUAUGUUGCGUACCUUAGAUGCUAUGGGACGUAACUUGGUUGUAAUUAUCGACCCUCAAUUCAAGCUUGGUUAUGAAGUCAGUGAUGACCUCAUUAAGAACAGUUCCGCAUUGAUCAUGCAUGAUGGUUCCGUCUUUAGCGGUGAUGGUUGGCCAGGUAAGUCCAUCUGGAUUGAUCCAUUAAGUCCUCACUUCCCAGCUGUCUGGACUGGCUUGUUCAAAGAUUUUAUUAAGGAUUCUAAGAACUUGUUUGUCUGGAACGAUAUGGAUGAGCCAUCUAUUUUCAGCGGUCCAGAAACUACUUCUCCAAAGGACUGUAUUCAGUUCGGUGGUUUUGAAUCAAGAGCUGUCCACAACUUGUACGGUAUUGCCCUCCAUGAAGCCACUUGCAAAGCUUUGGUAGAUGUUUACGCUGCUGAAGACAAGAGACAAUUUAUUUUAUCAAGAUCCUUCUUUGCUGGUUCUCAAAGAACUGCAGGGACCUGGACUGGUGACACCUAUGCAUCAUGGGAGCACUUGCAAUUGACUAUUCCAAUGCUUCUAGUCAGCAACAUUGUUGGUAUGCCAUUAAUUGGUGCUGAUGUUGGUGGUUUCUUCGGUAACCCAACACCAGAAUUGUUAACUCGUUGGUACCAAGCCGGUAUGUGGUAUCCUUUCUUUAGGGCGCAUGCUGACAUUGACACUGUGAGAAGAGAACCAUACUUGCUCGAUGAACCUUACAGAACUGUCGUUAGAGACGUUCUCAGACUCAGAUACUCUUUGUUGCCAACUCUUUACACAGCAUUCCAUGAAGCUUCUAUCACUGGUGCUCCAGUUCUAGCUCCAGUAUUCUACGAACACCCAGAAUUGGAUGAAGUCUACGACAUUGAUGACCAAUUCUUCGUCGGCCAACAAGGUCUAAUGGUUAAACCAAUUGUUGAACCAGAAAUCUCAACUACCAACGUAUACUUCCCACCAGGUCUAUUCUACGACUACUGGACCAUGGCUCCAAUUUACUCUAAGAAGGGUGAAUAUAAGACUCUACCAGUUUCUAUUGACACUUUCCCACUAUUCAUUGAAAGUGGUAAGAUCAUUACAAGAAGAGACCGUCACAGAAGAGCUAUCAAGUUGAUGAAACAUGAUCCAUUCACAUUGGUCUUGGCUCCAUCUGAACAAGGUACCGCUAACGGUUCAUUGUACCUCGAUGAUGGUGAAACUUUCGGUUACAAGGCUGGUAAGUUCUUGAAGGUUGACUUCCAAUUAGACUCAACCUCAAUUACCGGUAAGGUUUCUAACUUCAACGAGGAAUUUGCCGGCUUAAAGGUGGAGAACGUUAUUAUCGCAAACGAAAAGCACUUAGAUCUACAAGAUUCGGUUACCAUUGUACAAGGUAACACCAACUGGACUUCCACAGUUACAAGAACCGAAUACUACUACACCAUUAAAAACCCAGCUGUUGUCUUGGGCUCUGACUGGAAGAUUGUUUUCUAA